GAAACAGGAAUCGAAGUUUUUAUAUAAUACCAACCUCUCUUCAUUAACGUCGUACGUACAAACGAUCAUUCUCUCCCAAGUCCCUCAAAAGUCUCCAAAUUUCAAUCUUCAAUUUGAUUCUUCCCUAUCCAAGGUUCUUUCUCUCUCUCGAUUUUGCAUGUUAUAUGUUUCUUAAUUAGGGUUUUGAUUUUAAUUAGGGUUUAGAUAUUGUUGAGCAAUGGUAGCAAUGUCAUCUCUUCUUGUCAAUGGAAUUCCCCAAUUUCUUCCCCAACCCAUGUCACAAGUUGUCAAUGGAAUUCCCCAAUUUCUUCCCCAACCCAUUUCGGUUAACGUAAAACUUAACCCCAAUUUUUCCAAAUCAAGAGCUUCGGCUUUCAAGGUUAGGGCAAACAGUUGUGAUGAUCACCAAGUUGACAACUUCCUGAAAAGGGAUUAUAAGUGGGGAUUUAAUCAAGAAAUUGACUCAUUUUCGCUACCCAAAGGCCUAACCGAGGAAACUGUUAGGUUAAUAUCUGCAAGAAAAAAUGAGCCUGAUUGGAUGCUUGACUUUAGACUUAAAGCAUAUCACAAGUUUUUGAACAUGAAAGACCCAAACUGGUCUGACAACAAAUACCCAAAAAUAGAUUUUCAGGAUCUCUGUUAUUACUCCGAGCCAAACAAGAAACCAACUAUGAAUAGUCAUGAUGAGCCUACACCUAAGCUACUCGCCUACUUUGAUAGGCUCGGGGUUCCUCUCUUAGAAAACAAGACGGAUAAUGUAGCUGUAGAUGUUGUUUGUGAUAGUGUUUCGAUUGCAACCACUCAUAAGAAGACUUUGGAGGAAAAGUCUGGCGUGAUAUUCUGCGCUAUAUCCGAAGCUGUAAGGGAGUAUCCUGAUUUGGUUAAGAAGUAUUUAGGAAAGGUUGUACCUUCUGAUGAUAACUUUUAUGCAGCCUUGAAUUCUGCUGUGCAUGGGGAUGGUACGUUUGUAUAUAUUCCCAAGAAUGUCAAGUGUCCAAUGCAAAUAUCAACAUAUUUUAGGAUUAAUGCAAAAGAGUUUGGUCAGUUUGAGAGGACAUUGAUUGUUGCAGAAGAGGGUAGUUUUGUGGAGUACUUGGAAGGAUGUACUGCACCCGUUUACGAUACUAAUCAGUUACACGCAGCGGUAGUUGAAUUAUAUUGUCAUGAAAGAGCAGAGAUUAAAUAUCUUACAAAGCAGGAUUGGUAUGCUGGUGACGAGCAUGGGAGAGGUGGGAUAUAUAACUUUGUCACCAAGAGGGGACUCUGUGCUGGGGCCAGAUCAAAGAUAUCUUGGACACAGGUGGAAAUAGGAUCAGCAAUUACAUGGAAGUAUCCAAGUGUUGUUCUAGAGGGUGAUGAAUCAGUAGGGGAGUUUCAUUCGGUAGCACUGACUAAUAACUAUCAGCAGGCAGACACAGGGACAAAGAUGAUACAUAAGGGGAAGAAUACUAGGAGUAGAAUCAUAUCUAAAGGUAUUUCUGCUGUGCAUUCCAGAAAUUGUUAUAGAGGACUUGUGCAGGUAAUGUCAGGUGCAAACGGAGCUAAAAGCUCCUCACAGUGCGACUCCAUGCUUGUUGGAGAUACUGCAGCUGCAAAUACCUACCCAUACAUUCAGUCUAAGAAUCCUUCUGCUCGGAUUGAACAUGAAGCUACAACAUCGAAAAUUGGUGAAGAUCAAUUGUUUUACUUUCAACAGAGAGGAAUCGACUAUGAGAAUGCCAUGUCGGCUAUGAUAGUUGGAUUCUGUAGAGAUGUAAUCGAUGAUCUUCCAUAUGAAUUUGCUUCUGAAACAAAACAGUUGUUGAGCCUGAAACUAAAAGGAUCUGUGGGUUAGGUUCCAUAGCCGCUGGAUGCUUUUGCUGCUGAAGAUGUUAUAGACUGUUUACUUGAUGAUGAAUAUGUAAAGAAUAAUUUAGUUCUUUAGUUUUUUUUUUCUUGAACUAUGCAACAGUAAAAUGGUAGCAUUUCGCACCAACGGUGUUCUGCCAUCAUAAUCUUUUUUGUUGGGAUCACUGAAUUGAGUCCGUCCGUCAAGUGCACUUCUAGAGGUUUGCUGUCUUUGUGGUGGCUAUCAAACAUUUAUCUUAAUAUAUUUCACCCAAAAUAGGUUAUUGAUAGGUGGAAUUAUUUUGUUAUCCCUUUUCAAAUUUGUUUUCUAUUUAAAUAUAAACCAGAAUAUGCAAUUCUAACAGUAACCAGAAAUAGAAUGUAGUGCUUGAUAUAGCCACUUUAAUUCUAGUUUUAGACCGUUAAGAUGAAAAACAAAUUGAUGUAAAAAGAGAUAAAAGAAACAAGAAUGAACUUGCAAACCAAAACUUGAAACCCUUGUUGCUAUUCGUUUUAUAAAUCUGCUCUUUGUCUGUUUCGCAAUGACAUUUAUUAUUGUUUGCAAUGUUUUUGUGUGUUGCAGGUGGUCCAAUAGCUGCAUGCGUUGGUUGUGCUCGCUUUGCCGCAUUUUCUGUCGUAAUAGACAGUUUUUGGAGAGGCAUCAAUAAGUAAAUUGACUGGGGCCAAUUUUGUUUUCUUCAAUCAUAGUUCGAUUUCUUAAUGAAAAUGUUCGUUUUCUUCAAUCAUAGUUUGAUUUCUUGAUGAAAAUGUUGUUUUCUUCAAUCAUAGUUUGAUUUCUUGAUGAAAAUGUUUUCCCCAUAUGAUAAAAGGAACAUGAUAGGGAGCAACACAUAUUACAGUGUAAUUUGUUUGUAUACAAUGUCAUUGGCGGAUACAUUUCUACAUUAGUAUUGGAAAAUUCUAUGUAUUACAAACUAUUAAUAAUUGGGACCGGCUCUUUCAAAUGUUUAGAACAACAAAAAAAGCAGUACUAGUAUUAGUUAGGUCAGUGCUGUGAGAUGCCGAUAGGGUUUAUGCAAAUUCCGGUUGGUAUAGCAGGUCCAUUGUUGUUGGAUGGAGUUGAAUAUACAGUACCAAUGGCUACAACGGAGCGUUGUCUUGUUGCGAGUACUAAUAGAAGGUAUAAAGCUACUCAUGCUUGUGGCGGAGCUUCGUCGGUUUUGCUUCGAGAUGGAAUGACUAGAGCACCUGUUGUUAGGUUUUCAUCUGCUAAAAGAGCUGCUCAGUUGAAGAUUUACUUGGAAGAUCCACUCAAUUUUGAUGCUCUUUCUCUCACUUUCAACAAGUCAAGUAGAUUUGCUAGAUUGCAGAGCAUUCAGCCUGCUAUUGCUGGCAAGAAUUUGUACAUUAGAUUCCGUUGCAGUACAGGUGAUGCCAUGGGGAUGAACAUGGUAUCAAAAGGUGUUUAAAAUGUCCUUGAUUAUCUUCUAAAGGAUUUACCA